AUAAUGGUUAUAUACAAAGGCGUGAGUAACCUAAAUAGCCCAUCGCCUAAGAUCGACAAACUGUAAACCGAAAUAGCUUGAGGAGGGAGACGGUAAUAAAGAUGUUCAUAAGCUAUUACAAUCUUGAAGCAUUUGAUCGCGAGUCGAGGGCCACUCAGAAACUAGUGGAGAAAUACGGUGUAAUUCUCUUUCAUCCUCUUUAUUUUUUUUAAUAAGAGAUUGAAUAUGGAUUUUGUUCACUGUUUUUUUGCAUCUGCUCAUGGGAUAUUAGAUAUUCAAUCUGAAAGGCUCUAGGAUUGAACUCUGUGUAAAUAGAUGUACUAAAGAUCAUCUUUGUCCUCGCUUAGUCUGCUUGUAUGCUAAGAUGGGCCUUCAUCGUUACAAUUUGCUGCAGGUCAAAAACUCUUGUUUGUUUAUAUUUUUCUUGCUCUCUCUAUUGUGUUAAUGGUAAUGCUAGAUUUCAAUUUAUUUUUUCCCCUCUUUUAGGGCAGAGAGUUUAAGCUCAAAGGCGUACGGAAAUACAUUAAGACACUAGGUUCUGCUGCUGCCACUUAUUACAUCACUUUGUAUGCAAUUGACCAAGCUGGUGGCUCUUCGCGUCAGACUUUUCAGAUUCAAGUAUCGGAAGAGACUUGUGGCAAAUUUAUGCUGACAUGCGAUAUUGCAAGAAUUCGAGGGGAAUCUAAAAGUGACAAAGAAACGAUUCUUUUGGACAUUCGCUUGCCUGAGUGGCCGCCAGAGAAUCCUUUUGAAAGAUAUUGCCUUGCAAAAGAAGAGCUGAAAUCCAAUGACUGGAUUCGUCUAUAUUUGGAGCUUACUCUUGCCACAACUGAAGAUAGGUAUGGUGACUCCAAAUUCAAAUUGGACAUUGUGAACGUGGCUACAGAUUUGGUGCCUCCGGGACUCAAUGCCAAAAAUGCAACCUUCUACAUAAGGUACAAUGACUUAUCCAAGAUUGCGCUUGGUGAAGUUUCUGAUCACAUUGCUAUAGUUAGUAGAAGGUUCGAUGAGGAUACUGGAUGCUUCGUCUCAUGGGUCAGAGUCAUCAGAGUUCAGAAGUUUUUACCAGAAAACCUUCCGAUAAUUAUCAGGUUGUGAAUAGGACUGGACAAAUAAACCGAACCCGAUUCAAUAAACAAAGAUCUAGAACCUAGAAAAUAAUUAAUCAACAGAAAUCUAUACUAUUAUUUAAAAAGUGAUUUUGCUUAUUUGUCAUGUUUUCGUGAUUUUAGGUAAUUUUACUUAUUUUCAUGUUUGAUUAGUUUUUAU